AUGAACGCUCUUCUCGCACUUGCACCCCUCGCGGUGGCCGCUGCCACCUCGGUUGGCCCCGUUCCCUUCUCUGACCACGUCCUUCCCAUCACCUCCAAGGUGCCCCGAUCCAACGCCAAAACGCAGUCCCUCAAGGACUACAUGUACUGGGCGAGCAGCUGCUUCUAUCCCCCAGGUGAGGGCAACGGCACUCAAGUCUCGCUCGAUGCUCCCUACGGCGGAUCUCAAUACACCGUCAACGUGACUAUCGCUGGGGAGGACUACAACCUCAUCCUCGACACUGGCAGUUCUGAUCUGUGGCUCCCUGCCUCCAACUUUUCCUGCCUCCUCGCUGCCAACCCAAUGAUCCUGGCCAACUACACCAAGGAACCUCAGUCGGUCUGCGAGUUUGGAUCCAACCUGUUCAACAUCAGUGACAUUGGCGAAUUCAUGCCGUUGAAUUACACCAACAACUUCAACAUCUCGUACGGUGUCCAAGGCUACUCUGACCUUCAAUUCGCCACGGGUUCUUCCUACAUUGGCGCUGUCGGCAUUGGCAACCUCACCGUCCCCAACGCCCAGCUCAACAUUGUCUACAAUGCCGAAUUCUUUGGCAACAACGUCUCUGACGGAUUGAUCGGAUUCGCCGGUCCUGGAUUGACCAGCGUCUUCGCGACCGCCAACCCGAUGAACGAUUCGGCAGCCAACUAUGAGCCCUACCUCCCUUGGUUCUACCAAGCCGCCGAAGACGGUCUCGUCGCCCCCUACUUCUCCCUCGCGCUCAACCGACCCACCUUUGCCGAUCAGGAAACCUCCGAUGUCGUCUAUGACCUCGGCUAUCUCGUCCUCGGUGGUCUCCCGAAAUGCAUCGAGCUGACCGGCAAGUACGUCACCGUGCCCAACCACGACUUCAACGAGACCGUCAAUGGUCAAAACGUCACCCUUCCCCUCUGGUGGACCACGACCGUCGACGAAUGGACGUUUGCCGGAUCCGACGCCAUCAACACCACGACCGAGCUCAUCAUCCUCGACUCUGGUACCUUUAACGUGUACGCCCCGAAUGCCGUCGCGGAGGCCUACGCCAACGCAUUCAGCCCUCCCGGUGUCUACAACGCUUCCGAAGGUGGAUACGUCGUCCCAUGUAACGCCACGGUGCCCCCUCUUUCGGUGACCAUUGGUGGUGUCGAGUUCCCCUUUGACCAGCGGGACUUGAUCUUCCCCUUGACCGCGAACGGCGAAUACUGUCUCUCGACCGUGACCAACGGAGGAAACACCACCUCGGACGUGUACAUUCUCGGCGACAAGUUCUUCAACUCGGCAGUCAUCGCGUUCAACGUGGAGAACGACACGAUGACGAUCUACGAGAGGAAGUGUUACUAG